AUGACCCGGCCCAGGGACAGACCCGCCCCAGGCUCAGACCCGCCCCAGGGUCAGACCCCCAAGCUGGGACAACCCCCCUGGACAGUCUCCGACCCACAUGGACAGACCGACCCCAGGGACGUACCCGCCCCAGGUCUAGACCCGUCACCCAGGGACAGACCAGACCCGGAGACAGACCUCCCAUGGGACUUCCCGCCCCUGGGACAGACCCCCCCCCAGGGUCUGAACCGCCCAAGAUCAAGUCCCGCCCAGGACUUCCCGGCCCCAGGACUUCACGACCCCAGGGACAGAACCCGCCACCAGGACAGACCCGUCCCAGGGACAGACCCGCCCCAGGGACAGUCACUCCCCAGGACAGACCCGUCCCAGUGUCUGACCCAACCCCAGUAUCUGACCCCUCCCAGGGACAGUCCCCGCCCCAGGUCUGUACCCGCCCCAGGGCUGACCCCCGGUCCCUGGACAGACCGGCCCCCUGGGACUGACCCGGCCCCUAGGGAUCUGUCCCGCCCCUAG